AUGAUUGCACUCUUUGAAAAUUUGAAUAAACGUCAACUCGAAUUAGAAAAUAAAAUAACGCAACUAAAAAACGUCAUUAUCUUUUCUGUCCAACAAGAACUUUCAGCCGAGAUCAGAGAUGGAAUUAAAGAGCUUGGAAAGCUAAUUGAUGAUAUUAAACAACUGGCAGAUGAGCAGGAAAAGGAAAAGGACAAACAACAGAUCCUACAGCGGCUACAUAGAAAUGAGGAACAGUAUAAGCAGUUACAGGCGUCACUGCGAAGAGCUAUAUUGACCUCUAAACAAAACAUUGAAAGGGAAGCCAAAAUAGAACGCGAAAUGCUAUUAGGACGCAAUGAUGGACGAAAUCAAGAAGUUUUUGAAAUGCGAAGACGUAACUUCACUUCAGAAGAUUCACUUUUGCAUUCAGCCAGUGAUGUUACAGAAUCAUUACGACGUACCACACAGUUGAUGCAACAAGAAAUUGAGCGCAGCGCUUAUUCGGCAAAACUACUUGACGAAUCAUCCAGGACACUAAAGUCGACAUACAAUGAAUACCGAGGUUUCAACUCUGUUAUUCGAGGAUCUAAACAAUUAAUAACAAAGUUGGAACAAAUUGAUUGGACAGACCGAUUACUCAUAUUGUUUGGCCUAUUCGUGUUUGCGCUUGUUGUGUUCUACAUUCUGAAGAAAAGAAUAUGGAAUACUGGCUUUGGAUGGAUAUCUUGGUUCACUUCUUGGGUCAUUUAG